AAAAAUGCAAAGGGACAGGAGUUGUUUGACCAGAUUGUGUAUCAUUUGGACCUUGUGGAAACGGAUUACUUUGGCCUACAAUUCAUGGAUGCUUCCCAGGUUACACACUGGUUGGACCAUUCAAAAUUCAUUAAGAAGCAAAUAAAAAUUGGACCUCCGUACACGUUGCAUUUUCGAAUUAAGUACUAUUCAUCAGAACCGAACAACCUUCAUGAGGAGUUUACAAGGUACCUGUUUGUAUUACAGCUUCGGCAAGACAUUCUUUCAGGGAAACUGAAAUGCCCGUAUGAAACUGCUGUUGAACUAGCAGCUCUGUGUCUUCAAGCUGAGCUGGGAGAGUGUGAGCACCCAGAGCACACACCAGAACUCGUGUCUGAAUUCAGGUUUGCACCAAACCAGACCGAAGCAAUGGAAUUUGACAUUUUUCAGAAAUGGAAUGUUGUUAGGGGAAAGAGCCCGGCGCAGGCUGAAUUGUGCUACUUGAACAAAGCUAAAUGGCUAGAAAUGUAUGGUGUCGAUAUGCACGUAGUUAAGGGAAGGGAUGGCUGUGAAUAUGCUCUUGGACUGACACCAACAGGCAUAUUGAUCUUUGAAGGAGCCAACAAAAUAGGCUUAUUCUUUUGGCCUAAAAUCACAAAAAUGGACUUCAAAAAGAGCAAACUAACACUAGUGGUCGUAGAAGAUGAUGAACAGGGCAGAGAGCAAGAGCACACAUUUGUUUUCCGGUUAGACAGUGCCAAAACGUGCAAACAUUUGUGGAAGUGUGCAGUGGAGCACCACGCUUUCUUCAGAUUGCGAGCCCCAGCAAAUAGUAAAUCUAGUAGAUCCGACUUCAUAAGGCUGGGAUCACGCUUCAGAUUCAGUGGUCGGACAGAGUAUCAAGCAACACAUGGGACAAGAUUACGCAGAACAAGUACAUUUGAAAGAAGGCCCAGCAAGCGAUAUCCUUCUCGAAGGCAUUCAACUUUUAAAGCAAACAAUCCUGUGAAAGCAGCACAACUAUGUGCUAAAAAUACUCCUGAAGUCCAUAACUACCAGCCGCAGUAUCAUCCUAAUAUACAUCCUGCUCAGCCACACUGGCAUCCACAUACACCUGUGAACGUGAGCUAUCCCUUGAACAACAGUGAUCUGCAUCAGUUCAACAUUGAGGAGAAUGGUGGAGCACCGUACACCACAAAAAUGCCUGCGAGGCACCACCACCACCACCGUCACCACCACCACCACGCAAAUUACGGUGCCCUUGCUCCUGACAGCAAAGACAUCGUUUCUGCAGUUCCAAACCCAAACAGUAAGUCCACUACAAAACUGAGCUCAGGACUUCCCCUUCUUUAUGAUGAAACUUCUCAUCUGAAGAAAAUAGAAACGGAGAGUGUGAAGGUAGUUGGACCAUGGCCAGCCCUGCACGUCAGCAUGAACAAGGUUGAAGAAAAGAAAGUACCUGAAAAGUCUCUUCAUGCCCCUGUGUCACCUUCAUCUGUACCUGACCACAUGAAGUGCAACAUCCUUAAAGCUCAAGUGGAAGCUGCUUUUAGAGUUGGUGCUCAG